UUUGCGUAACUACAAGAACUGAUGCUUUUCUGCGAUGAUAUGUAUUUCUCUCUCUCUCUCUCUCUCUCUCUCUCUCUGUGAAAAUGGAUGAAUAAUAAUUUUGGGGUUUGGGGCACUCUUCCCUUCCCACUCUCCAUUAAUAAAAAGCUUCACUCUUUUCUUCUUGGGCUACCCAUUUUCCCAGAUCGCUCUCUUUCUCUUCUUCUCUCCCAAAGAUUGCUUCUUUCUCAUCUUUCUUUCCGCUCUGUUAUUGGGUCUGCAGCUUGCAUAUUUCAGUGGUGUUGUUAGAUCAUUUCGUCAACGAUCGGUCUACUGUUCUGAUCUAAAAAGCAGUACAUUUCGUCAAGGAAAAAGCUUGUUUCUUUGGGUUUUCUGGGUCUGAUUUGAGUUGGCGUGGGAUUGCAGGAUCUGGAUUAGCUCCUCGAAACUCAAUCGGAGGGGUUUGGGAUAUUGAGGGGGAGUCUUGCUUAUUUUACCAAUACUUGUUCAAAACAUAAUCCUCGAGGUAGAUUAACUUUUCAUAUAAGAUGUUGGGGGGCAACAAUGCUAAUUCCAUGCUACCUGUUUUCGUGGAUGAAAAUCGCUUCCCCUAUCCAACAAAUGCCACAAAUCAGCUGCAGUUGUUUGGUAAUGUACCAGCUGGAUGUAAUGUUGAUCCUGUAAAUUAUUUUGGAACUGAGCAUAUCACUCCCAUGCUUCGGCCUAAUAAACGAACCAGGGAAAUUGAAGAUAUCUCAAGACAGCAGAAGCUUCAAAUUUCUUUGAACUACAAUGUCUGUCAAGAUGAAGCUGAUCGCUCAGCUAGCAUUCCAAACCCGAACCAUGUAUCGACAGGUUUAAGGCUAUCGUAUGAUGAUGAUGAGCGCAACUCAUCUGUUACAUCUGCUAGUGGAAGCAUGCCAGCAGCACCGUCAAUGAUUUUAUCCCUAGGGGACAAUAUUAGGACUGAGCUUGAUCGGCAGAAGGAAGAAUUUGAUCAGUACAUCAAAAUUCAGGAGGAACACUUGGCAAAGGGGGUAAGAGACAUGAAGCAGAGACAUAUGGCUUCUUUCCUUACCGCUAUAGAGAAAGGUGUAGGCAAAAAGCUAAGGGAGAAAGACUUGGAAAUUGAGACCAUGAACCGCAAGAACCGAGAAUUGGUCGAUAAAAUAAGACAGGUAGCUGUCGAAGCCCAGAAUUGGCAUUACAGAGCAAAGUACAAUGAGUCAGUUGUGAAUGUGCUGAAGAGCAACCUCCAGCAAGCAAUUUCACAGGGUGCUGACCUAGGGAAGGAGGGUUUUGGAGACAGUGAAGUUGAUGACGCUGCCUCAUACAUUGAUCCGACUAACUACCUGGCCAUUCAAGGUGGGCCUGCAAAGUCCGUAUCCAAAAAUUACCUAGGGUUGAAGGAGCAAAUGGAUUGCAGAGCAUGCAAAGCAUGCCGAGCAAAGGAGGUGUCUAUCUUGUUGAUGCCUUGUAGGCACCUGUGUUUAUGUAAGGACUGUGAUGAGUUCAUCAGUGUUUGCCCCGUAUGCGAGUCAAUGAAAACGGCUAGUUUCCAAGUAUACUUGUCGUAAAUUAUUGAAGCUAGCAACUAAAAAUGAAAAUCAUUGGCACUGUUGAUAUAUAACGUGUGUGAUUUUGUACUGUUUACUUGAAAUCAAAAAAUUGUAUCCGGUGUAUCCUAGUUGUCUUCUUGAAAUGAGCUUAUGAACAGUUACUUUAUUUCCA